GGUCGUGCCCGGCCAACAUAUCACGAGCAUCGAGUUGGAGGAGAUCCAGACCCCGCAAUCAUGAUGGUGGCGGUGUUCAGCUACAAUUUUCGACACGAUCUACCUCAGUGGCGAACUCUAAUGAUUAUGAUUAUGUCUUUCUCUCUUUUUAUUUCUAAAGCCGUCCGUUUCUUUGCUUUUUCCCAAGUGCCUGCUUCCAGGGUCGUGUUUCGUUGACAGAUGUGGCAUGCAUUAUUCACGUGGGGAAUUGGGAUAAUGACUGUGGUUCAGGGAAUCGACCUGAAGUAUGGAUUGAUAGCAACCUGUUGCUACCACCCUUUUCAUAUGUGGGCGCCCUGCAAGAGGAGGCUCAAGUCUGCCCUGACUGGAUAUUCUGCGGUCCAUUGUCCACUUUCGAUGAGGCGCCAAGAUCUAGAUGCGAGGACUGAGUCCUGUUGCAACGUGGUGAGUGUGGGAGUGACGAAACAGAUAAGGCUGCGUUAUCUUGGCGCAGAAACUGGCCCUUGGCAGCAUCAACCAUAGCCCUGAUUCAACUGGACUGAGUUCGGAGAUAAACUGGCGGUGUUCCUGCAGUUCAAGGAGGGCACA